AUGAAGUUCAUCAUUGGCAUUGGAGGAGUGACCAACGGUGGGAAGACCACUUUGACAAAUAGACUACUAAAGACAUUACCCAACUGUUGUGUGGUGCAUCAGGAUGACUUUUUCAAGAAACCCGAUCAAAUAGAAGUCGGGGAGGACGGCUUUAGACAGUGGGAUGUGAUCACCGCCCUGGACAUGGAGGCUAUGGUCAACACUGUGAAGGGCUGGCAGGAGAACCCCAUCAAAUUCGCCCGCUCCCACGGCGUCAGCCUGUCACCUGAAGCUGAGGAAGCAGACUCGGUGGAUAAGGGGAUCCAUAUUCUCAUCGUGGAGGGGUUCCUCGUCUACAACUACAAGCCUCUUAUUGACGUCUAUGACAAAUGUUUCUACAUUUCCAUUCCUUAUGAGGAGUGCAAAAGGAGGAGAAGUACAAGGAAUUACACAGUCCCUGACCCCCCUGACCUUUUCGAUGGCCAUGUCUGGCCAAUGUACUUGAAACACAGGAAAGAGAUGGAGAACAACUGUGACAGAAUAGAGUACCUUGAUGGGAUGACAUCAAAGGAAGAUAUCUACAACAAAGUGCAUGAAAGCAUUCAGAACUCCCUGCUAAACAACUUAUAGCACAACGGGGGCAAUAACGGAUUUGUGUAUAGACUUGUAAAUAUAAUUUUGCGUUAAUGUGUAGUUCUGUACUUCUAGCCUGAUUUGUAAAUAGUUAAUUCUGUAACUUAUUGUAUAAUCCUCUGUAACUUUUUACUAAAAGAUAAGCCACCUCUGGACUGCCCAGUGUUUAACAUCAGGGACGGAUCUCAACUCUGAUCUUGUUGUAUCUGAAAGUAUAAAAUGCCCACUGGGAGGAAAGAUUUGUGUCUCAUAAAUGAAACUACCGAAUCCA